AUGACAAUGCCCUCAGUCAACCCAGUUAUGUACCUGACUGAGGUCCGUGUGCGCGUCAUCGAGGGACGACAGCUGCCGGGCAUCCACAUCAAACCUGUUGUUAAGGUUACGGUUGCCGGGCAGAACAAGAGGACUCGCAUCAGAAAGGGAAACAACCCGGUCUUUGACGAGACGUUCUUCAUGAACUUCUACGAGACUCCUUCCGAUCUGUUUGACGAGCCGAUCUUCAUCACUGUGUGUGACUCUCGCUCUCUCAGAACUGAUGCUGUGAUCGGGGAAUUCAAG